CAACGGGCACAGCAGCGUGUACUUAUUCGUAUAUAUACAUAUAAACAGCUGAAAACUAUUAAUUUAUACGUGAAAAAAGUCUCGCCGGAAAGCUGCAUUUUGUUCGAAACAUCCUCAUGAUAUUAAUGGCACGCCUUCGACCAUCGGUCUAAUUCGAAUUUGAAAAAUUCGUGAAAACUCAUUGAGAUCCAAGUUUUUCAUGCAAAAUUGCUUUUCGUAUCGAUCUGAAAUGAAUCUCAACUAAUAAACACGUCCAGCAAAACAUUUAUUGAUUUCCAAUGACUCUUUAAAAUUGAAUAAUAAUAAAAAGUCAAUAGCAGUAUCGAUGGUAAAAAUUACGUUCGUAAUUCCAUUCAUAUUUUUAUUGAAAAUAAUGAAAAAACCAAUAGUAACAAUACAAUGGUUAUAAUCAUUGGGAGAAAAAGUGCAAAAGCCUCCAUGAAUUGAGAUUGAAGACUAUGCAAGCGGAAUUAACUAGUCCUUCGAUGGUUUCGAAUAUCCAUUCAACUUCUCCUCGGAUUUCAAUCGGGUCACGAACCAAACGACAGUUUGAACUGAUCGCUCCGGAUCGCGGGGACUUCAACUGUACACAUUUAUGAAGAGGAUCUCUACCUGUCACGCGAUUUCUAUCGAAUCCGAACGACCAAUCGAAAGAGGCAAAGCAAAAAAAGGAAAAUAGUUACGACGAAGUUGUUGCAAACGAUCGAAUCGCGGAUCUCAUACGAAAAUGUGCAAGGGUGACUGUGCAUCGGGACGUAACUUCGGCAUUUCGUAAAUUUACGAUGAUCACAAUGCAUUGAAAUUGGCUGCAUCAAACAACUCGAAGGAAUAAAGAAGAUAAAGGCUAAAAGAACUAUUCUUGUGAAAGGCAUCGAGGAAAGAGAAUUGCAGAAAUAAAGUAAAAAAAACAAGCGGAACUCUUUCAUCAUGGAUACUCUUUAUACCGGAUCAAUUCAUGGUUUUCCAAAGCAACAUGGUGCUUUAUCAAAUGGUAUAUCAACGGGGCUCGGGGCUAACCUCGAUCAGGAUGGUGUACUCAGUCUCAUUGUCGUUCUUGGUGGAAGUCUGUCUCUCGUCGCUCUUGUAUUUGCCUUCAUUACCUACAGCCUCUUCUCGGAUCUGAGAAGUCUGGCCGGAACGACUCUCAUGAAUCUUCUGGCGGCUCUAUUCAUGGUACAGUUGCUCUUCAUCGUCGGUGUUGGCGGUGUGCAGGACUCCGAACUGUGCAUCUCGCUUGGCCUCAGUCUUCAGUACCUCAGAGUAUCAGUAGUUUGUUGGCUAGCCGCAAUGUGCCAUCAUCUUUACGCGACCGUAGCUUCGAUACCAUGUCGUGACGAUCCACCGACCUACUUGAAGUACAGCAUUUUUGCAUGGGGCGCACCACUGGUUAUUCUCGGAGGUGCAGCAUUUCUUCAAAUCGGAGAAUCCCACAGUUUGUGGAACGUUGCAGAACUAACGCCAUUCAAUUGCUGGUUCCUCGGGACUAAAGCUACUGUGUACACUUAUGGUCUGCCCAUUGUCAUUCUUCUUCUCUUGUCCGGUUACUACCUCGUAAAAGCUGCGAUUGUUGCGAGAUACACGUGUAGCAUGCAAUUGGAGAUAAAACAACGAGAAAAAAUGAAGAGAAGGCGAGCUCUUCAACUCAUGUUAUUUCUCAAAGUUUCAUUAAUCGUUGGCUUGGUCGCUGGAUGCGGAGUCGCUUCACGAGUUUGGAAGUCACCGAUACUCUGGGCCAUAUUUUGCACUGGGCAUUCGUUGCAGGGCCUCGCCGUCGCACUCUCGGUCGCUUGUAAUUGUCGAGUGUUGAAAGUCUACGCGAGAAAAUCUCACCGGCAGCCUAAGCAGCAGAUCGCGAAAUCAUCGAGUAUGCAGCUUCUCGCCCCGGCGCCAGAUCCAGUUUAAACACCCGAACCGACAAACUUGGCACUGGACUCAUUCGGUGAAGAAAAAAACGAAAAAACAUAAAUGAACCCUUUACGAGUCGCGACUUAAUAUUUUUACACGAAAUUUUGCUAACGAAACGACGAAAUUGCUUCGGUAGACAUUUUUUUCCUUUCAAAAUGAAGUUUAUUCGCUGUUACGAGUAUAUUUAUCGACCAACGAUCUCACUUUCGAUUGACACUAUUAUGAAAAUAGUUUGUGCGACGUUACUAACCACGUUUAGAUUGAGUUCAUCUCCGAGUCAUCGACAUUGUUCAAAGAAUGAGUCUCUCCUCCGAAUUUCAUAAAAAAAACGAUAUUUGUUUAGUUAAAGAUCUGUAAAAGGCUCGAUUAUCGAUCGAUUCGUAUUCAUGAAUCAAGAAAACGAAAAAGAAGAAUCCAAGUACGCGUUUCGAGAUAGUUUUUCCUUAACUUCCACGUAGUGAAUCCUUAUUUCGCCACCCCUACGAGGAAAAUUCGACAUCCCCAAAAAACGGUGAGUUUAAAAAUCCCCCUUCGAACCGAUACGACUCAAUAAUUCAAAGAAUCUCCAUAAAUCAAAAAAUCAUAUUUCGAAACUUGACAUUGCGACGUGUAUGAGAUUGGGAGUAAGAGCCAUUAAAAAAUCGUGACCUGACAGGAAAAGUAACAAGUAACGAGAGCGAAUGUAAAUAAGAAGCAAAAGAAUAAUUCUCCAUUAUCGACAUAUCAAAAGUGUGAGGUAGAAAUAUUACACACGAACAAAAAAAUGUAAAGAAAGCCUGCGAACAUCAGGGACGAUAUACGAGCACACCGACGACGCUUAAAACCGCGUCAACGCAUUCGAGUUUUCGUGUCGAAAAAAGCCGUGAUCCGAAUGAAAGAAAAGCGCCUCCAUCGUCCCCAGCGUUAGCUCCUAGUCGGAAUAGAGUCGUUGAUAGAUCGAUUAUCGAGGUGAUAAAAAGAAAAAAAGCUCUUGCGGAGCCUCCCCACGAUUUGCAUAUCCAAUCGCCCAGUCUCUCCAAAUCGCCGGAGCAAGCUCUCAUUAAUCUAUAUAUACAUGUGCGAUGCUAUGUAUGCACACUCAUGCACAUACGAGGGGACAUUCACUAGCACGAAACCCAAAUUCGUACAGCUAUAAGACGCAUGCGAUUAACGCUCGGUAAUGAACUGAUUGCAUUAUAGGGGCAACGAAUUAGCGAGCCCUUCCAUUAUAUACAUACAUAUACGUGUAUAUAACAAUAGAUAUAUACACAUAUGUAUAUAUGUAUAGAACUCUACAUGUAAAUCCAUAUACUGACGUAUAAAUAUUUUGAAAUCAAAUCAUCCAACGA